CCGCGGUGCACUUCACCUCCGGCCUCAGCACAGAUCAGGACGAAAGAGUAAGAGAGAGAAGAAGAAAGAGAGAGCUAGAGCCGACCAGUCGAUCGGUUGCCGUGUGGUGUUACGUGUGUGCUUUCAGUUCAACAGUGUGUCUCCGACGCGGUCUUUCGCGAUCCUUUCCCGUGUCCUCUCUCUUUCUCUCUUUUUCCUCCUCCCUCCACCUGUCACACAUUUACCCACACACGAAGUAGACCAUUCUCUCUUUUUCUCUCUCUCUCCUCCUUGUCGCGCUGUCCAAGACUUUAAACCUCGUUCCAGUUGCUGGUUUGUUGUGAGCACCGCAGUUCGUCGAAGUGGAGAACACGGAUUUGAAUUUCCCUUCCUGACUCAUCUCUCUGGACUUCUUUCUUAUUUGAUCCGACGCACACAGUCAGUGGAUGAACGAGCGCGUUCGUGGAUACACGUAUAUAUAUAUGACUGUGCGAAAGAAUGCGGUAGGAUGCGCAUCCAGAAAAGAUGCUUCCUGCUAGGACUCUGCCUCCUAGGCGGGGUCGCCCUUUCUUUGACCGCCGAUACCGAAGUGCGGAUUACUACGACACCCGAUACGAACGGUGAAAAUACCGUAAACGUGCAGCCUCUUAGCGCGGAAUGGCGGAAUAAUGACACGACAGAACCGAAGAGUGCGUACCCGACGAAAGAGGCCGAUAUUAAGGUCACGACCGAGGCGAAGAAAAAACCCGUGAUAGAUUUCAAGAUAAAGAGCGAUCAGAAGUAUCAGAAACCCGUCGUCAAAGACGACGACUCGAGAAGAGUCGUCGUCGUCGCGGAUAACGACGCUCCGUCGUCAUCUCCGAUCUUAUCCGCGACGACGCCGAUGAAGCCGCAAGUCUCGACGACGACGACGAAACCCACGGACUUCGCUAAUGUAACAGUGCCGUUUCUUCUUCGCGGCGAACCGAUCGUUUCUCUGAGGAAGUCAAUGCCUUCGAUGAGCAACGUCACCAUUCGGGACACGAUUAACAGCACGAAAGUGACGAAGGAGACGCGAGGCAGGGCCUUAAAUAUCUCCGCUCCGGAGCCGAUAAAUUCACUGAACGCCAAUAUAACGGAUCUCAGUGACGUCAGCAUGGACGAGGACGACAAAGAAGUCGAAGGUGGUGAAUACGUCGCGUCCCACAACGAAACCGCGGCGGUGAACAUCUCUUCGACGUUGCUCCCGAAAGUGUGCGUCCACGAGAACCGCACUUAUUCGACGGGCGAGAGGAUCGUGCGAGGUUGCGAGGAGAAUUGCGUUUGUACCGAAAACGGAAUUGCAAAUUGUCAGCCGUUGUGCGCUCUACCAUACGUCAGAGCUGACGAGGAGAUCCAGGAUUCCAAGUGUCAGAAAAAGCCAAUCCUCGACAAUCCUUGUUGCGCUUUUCUUUCGUGCGUCACAGAUUCGGAUACCGAACCGGAUGAGAUGUGCACGUUCAACAACAGAACGAUAGCCAGAGGGCAAAAGGUCGAGGACGGUUGCUCCAGAGUGUGCGUUUGUGAGGCCGGCGGCUAUUUGAAGUGCGAACCCAGAUGUCCGCCAAACGAGACCUCCGCUCUGGUCGGUCAGCAUGAUCGCUGCGUCAUAUUGUCCGAUCCCAGGGAUUCCUGUUGCCCCAUCACGCUCUGCGACGUUACCUUGAGCGACUUCGAGAUCAAAUCAGAAAAUUCCACCGAUUUAAGUGUAAAUUUGUUGGACGUGAAGGUUUUAAACUCGACGGCGAUUAAAUUGAAGUUGUCCGCGAAGAAUCCUCAAAACGUCACCAUAGAAAUCUCGCAAAGCAAUUCGCAUCACUUGUGGACGCCUCAGAGACCCGACAAAGACGGUGUGAUUGCGAAUUUGGAACCCGCGCAUACGUAUUACGUUCGUGUGGUGGAAGGAAGUCGCGCCGGACCGGCUAUACAGGUGGUGCUGCCGGCGGAGAUAGUGAAGGCAAAUAUUUCUGAGAAAGCGCCCGACAAAAAUUCGUGCAAUUACAAAGGAAAGUCGUACAAAAUCGGAACUGAGUGGUACGACGGGUGUGUCUUCUUUUGUGUUUGCGCGGAGAGCGGCGUAGCCGAAUGCCGCACGAUAGAGUGUCCCACGGAUGUCGGACUGGAUUCGCUGGAUCCAAAUUGUUUAGAUUGGGAGACGAUCCCGGCGAAUCCGAAACCACCGCAUUGCUGUCCGCAGGAAGCACGGUGUAGAAACAAUGGCUCCUGCGAGUACGAAGGCGUCACGUACAACAACUGGAGCGAAAUACCGUCGAACGUCACCGGUUGCGAGAAACGUUGCGUUUGCGAAAUGGGCAACGUAUCUUGUCAAAAUCUUUGCAAACCCGUGCCGACCUCGCCAUCAAAUUUGCCGUGUCCUCCUCAUCAAGCGAUACUGACACACUCACCUUAUAAUUCAUGUUGUUUGCAGUGGACCUGCCAAAUGCCGCCGCACAUAGGAGCGAACACGACGACCGCGUACCGCGGCCCCUUAGCCACAGACACGUUCGAUCGGCAAACGAUUGACAGUAUCAAAAGACCAAAUAACAAGUCGGAAACGCCCAGCCAGGAACCGGAGCGUGGCACUUUCUCUUUAUCGGAAGACCCGAAAGUCUAUAAGACCCAAACUGACUCUGCUACUUAUGAUUAUCCUCACUAUCCCAUGGAUCCAGGACAUCCGACAAUUCCUUACACCGGACCGUACAAUCCCGACUUCGUGUUCAAUCACUCCGUCACGGAGGACGUUUUCCAUUUGAACGCUCACUCCGAAAAGCCGUUAUCGAUUCCAAAUAUGUCCAAGGACAAAUCGAAAUCGAAGUCCGACGCUAAAAAACCUGUGGAGUUGCUAAAACCUCACAAAGAAAUAACUGACCAUUAUUUUCCUGGUCCGUUAGCUCUCGAUAGAUUUCCCUAUAAAGCCACUUCGAUGUUUUCGGAUCCUGCCAACGAGACUCAUUACGUUCCAGGAGUAAUGGAUUCGAAUAAAAUAAUUUCUCAAAAAAAUCAUUCGAUCGAUCGGCCUCAGUUUGUUUCUUUGAAUCCUCAUUCGGACAUGUCAAACUUAGGAUUCUCACUCGCGCCUAACAACGAAGGAAACAUUUCUCCACUCGGUAUCAAUUCGCAAUCCAAUUCCGCAAUCGGACCUUUUCAUCGAGAUUCAAUUCCUCUGAAAUCCGACUCGAUCGAUCCGAACGUAAUUCUGCCUGCAAUUUCGAAGAAGAAAACCACGUCAAAUGUGCCUUUUGCGGAAAAAUCAAAACCGCCUCCCCCUAUGACGCUGGAUCGUCCAAAACAGGAUCAGAAAACCGGUCCCGAAACUUCGCCGGAGCAGCUGUAUCUCUUGAAUUUGCAACAUCCCGAUCUGAUUAAUCUCGAUCAUAUUCCUUCCCAAAAUCCGACUAUGUACGAGCAAAUUCCUGAUCAGAAACAGUCGCUGAAGAACCGAGUGCAAUCUUAUUUCGGAACGUCCCCUUCCGCGUCGAAAAAGACAACGAAACCCCAAAUCUUCGCGCAGAAGAAUCCAAACGGACAGACCACUUAUCACGUUUACACGCCCGACAUUCCGAACACUCCGCAGCAGAUCGAGGAACUGUUAGCGCACAUUGAGCAACACGAUUCCAAUCCCGGACCCUUCCAACACUAUCCCGAACAAUCAGCCAUACCUCAUAAUGUACCGAACGAACCGGCGUCCACUCUGCCGCUUCACAUAGACGCUCACAUACCACAUUCAGGACUUACCCACCCAUUCGCAGCACAAACGCCCAAUCAGUCAGGUUUGGAUCAUAAUAUCAUACCUCCAGGCUUCUCAUUAUCCGGAUUUCCAGCUCCUCCGACUUCCUCCAAUGAAGUUACGAUACAAACGCUCGAAGCAUUGAACGAGACCACAGUUCGGCUGGUGUUCACUGUACCUCAGGUCCUGGUGGGAUUGCACGGAAGAGUGGAGCUACGUUACACCAGUAAUAUGACAAAUAUCGACUCGUCCACGUGGAAAGCGCAAGUGUUCGCUCCUCCUGACGAUCUGAUCGCUACACCUCAACUCGAGUUCGAGUUGGGUGAUUUGAAGCCGAUGACCGACUACAACAUGAAGAUCACGGUUAAACUGAAGGAUCUAGCCAAUAGCCCGAGCAGUAAGAUUUACAGUGUGCGCACGUUAGAGAAACACGAGGAAGUCACGACUUUGCCGCCGCAAAUAGCGAUUAACGCCGAGCUCAGAAUAGCGGAGACGAACUCGACCUGGGUCAAUGUUAUGUGGAAGAAAUUCACGGAAUAUGAGUUGCAAUUUAUAGACGGUGUUCAGUUGUGGUAUAAGGAACGCGACGGUAAAGUUUACGCAACAACCCCGCUGAUUCAUCGCGCUGUAACGAAUUAUAUAAUCGAGAAUCUGAAACCGUCAACCACAUACGAAAUUGUAAUCUACUUUAUACCGUUCCCGGGACAAUUGACGGAAUUAAUCAGCGAGAAAACGAUUCAAGUGACCACAUCCGUAGAGCCGGAUCCGUAUUCCUUCGACGUGAAGGUCGAGAUCAAGACCGUCAAAUCGACAGACGUCGAGGUUGCGUGGAGCGGAGUUCCCUAUCCGGAAGACAAAUAUGUGAACAUCUACCGAGCAAUUUAUCAAAGCGACACUGGCAAGGAGGAUACCAGCACGUUCAAGAUCGCCAAGAGAGACUCUCACACCAAGACUGUAAUAAGCGAUCUCAAACCUGGCACUAGAUAUCGACUGUGGCUCGAGAUAUAUCUGACGAAUGGCAGAAUAAAAAAGAGCAAUGUUCAGGACUUCGUUACCAAACCCGGCAUCCUCUUGCAAGACAGCGCGUCCCACCAAGCCGGAAAAUACGCGUCACUGCCUCUUUACGAAGCGGAUUAUUACAAUCCUCUGGUGAUAGUGGCCAUCGUGGCCUCGCUUGCAAUAUUGUCCACUCUGAUCUUACUACUGAUGCUGAUGAAGAGACGAACGAGCAGCAAAGCCGACAUAUCCCCGCGUAAAACGUCCUCGGCGUACGACAAUCCUUCCUACAAGACCUGUGAGGACGCGGUCACGAUAUCCAACGGUAGAAAUAAACAGGCAACGGAUCACGAAAUGACCACCAUCAGCUCGAACAUCAAGGAAACUGCCCGAGAUUCUAUAUAAUUUAUUAAGUAUGUAUUUAUUUAUACAUAUAUUUCCUCUCUUAGAUGUGGAAUUAUCUUAAGCGUUCAAUCGAAUCCGUCCUGUAUCCUUGUGUUCAAUUACAAUACGGGGAAGAUGCAUUAUUUUUAUACGAUAUCAGAAAAAAUUCUCAAGUUAUUAAAAUACAUAUAUAUAUAAAUAU